CCUAAACAAAGCAUCAUCUUCAAACACUAUUGAAGCUCCUAUCGUGUUUUCUAUCCGUUUCUGCUGAUUUGAACGAACAUGCGUAUAUAGACAUCUCGUGUGAUACCUCGUUUUCUUCUUUCAUGUUUAUGCUCUUGGUAUUUUAGUAGCUAAGUGAACAGGAUUUUGGAACAGGGAGUUCCUGUUGUUGGGUCAACUGUCACAUCAAUCCAAUGGCUUUGCGGGAGGGACACAGGCGAGAGCUGGGACAGACAGCUCUUGCCCUUUCGCAGCCCUUGCCUUAUUAUAAGGAGAGUCACAAGGGUGCGUCUCUGCCCCCUCUGCUCCAGCGUUCUCCCCUGGUGUCCACCAGUGGUCACUUCUCUGUCACCUCACGCUUGGAGCACGACAGGAAGCCUCAGACGGGCCCCCUGGCCAACACACUGCACCCACGGGCCCCUCCACACUGGAAAACACACUUCCUCAAUAAGCUGGCACAACAGCUCAGGGACUGUGGGACAGUGCAGCUGCUCUCUCGGCCAAUCAGUGAAAUGCAGGACAGCUACAGGGGCCAAGCUGCUCCACAGGCCCCCCUGCUGGACCACUGCAGCACCCUGCUGGCACUUUAUGGACAGCUUGAUCCAGGCCAGGCCCCGACUGUGACAGCAGAUCCUUGUGUCAGCACAGCUCAUGCAGACUACAGGCGCUUUAGCAGGUCAGAGAUUGCCCCUUCCUCUGGUCUGGAAGCCCCUCCCUCCUACCUUAGCCUGACCAAGAGCUCCACCCACAGCCGCCUGCCGGGCCACAAAGCCCCUCCCACUAUGUCCUGCCACCCUCGGCUGCCCCGCCCCUCUGUGUCCUUACCCUAUGGAGGGAAAAACAGCCUGUACAGGGACAGCUUCCGUGUGCCCGCCCCUCACCCUGCUCGCUCUGGGCCCUCACCUGCUGCCAUCCCAGACUGGGGACGAGCCGGGACUGAGGCUGGGGCUGGGACUGGGGCUGGGGCUGGAGGAGCUAAGAGAGGCAUACUCAGGAACAUCGUGGAGGUCCCCAAAAUGUACCUGACAGAGAACCGGGUCUACGGGGGGAACCGGACCGUGCUGGUCUGAGACCAUGCUGGACCGUGCUGGCAUGUGUGUGUGUGUGUGUGUGUUUCAGAAAGACAACUAUGUGCGUGUUUUUUGCCAGAUGUCACCAAAUGCGAUCUAAUUUAUACAAGGACCAUGACCCCACUUUGGAGUCAACCGUCCCAGCGUUUUUGUGACUAUUUAUCAAAGGCCCAAUAAACAGACAGGCAGGGUUUGAAGAGGACUGUAGUGGACUGAUUGAUUUAUCGAUCUCCACCAGUGAUGCAUGACCACGGGGUCCCAAGAGACACAACAUAUUUCAGGAAGUUGUAGGAAAAAGGUUGCGAUGGCUGAGCUGAGAUCAGUUUGGGCAUUAGUCUUUCUCAUUGUUAAUGUUAGAAUGAGAGCAGGCUAAGCUGGUCCAAUAUCUGUGUUUAGGGGAGCUAGAGAGAGACAGAUCAGGGCUGGACAGUGGCAGGGAGUGAAUUAUGAGAAAACGGCAGUAUACUGUAAACAUAUAUUCUAAGUUAGAAGUCCUUUGGUUUUCUCCAGGUUACCAGGCAAUGCCCUUCUUUUUUGUUGUUGGCAUUUCCUGUAUGUAUGUGUGUGUGUGUUUGUGUGUGUGUCUGUGUGUGUGUGUGUGUGUGUGUGUGUAUGCGUGUGUGUCAGGGAAAGAUAAAUGCUGAGUAGGUUAGAGGUUAUUUUGGCAUCAUCUCACAAAUUACCCUCAGAAUCCACUGGAGUCCCUCCCUUCUUUCUACUGUUUUCUCUUCCGCCCACCUGCUCGAUCGCUCUUUCACUCUCCUCCCCCUCGUUCCUCCCUCCGGCAACAUGCCA